AUGAAUAAGUGCGGUGAACAACAGCUGCUUCAUGCAAGAUCUACCAGCGUUCUACGAUGUGCUGCUGGAACAAGCAGGCCGUUCCCUGCCCAAGUAGGGGUUUAUCAGGGUUCAUCACUUUCACCCUUGCUGUUCAUACUGUGCAUGGACACGAUAACAAGGGAAUCCAGAAGCAGCAUCCGUGGACACUACUCUGCCGACGAUGUCAUGCUCGCGUCGAAGUCUCGAAAUGUUCUUCGAAAACAAGCCCAGUCUUGGAAGGAUCGGCUGCAGCAACAUGGGUUGCGCCUCAAUGUAUCAAAAACUGAGUACAUGGAGUGUGAACCAAGGAUAGAGAAUUGUUCAAUUCGUGUCGAUGGCACCGAAUUAAACAAGGUGGACUGUUUCAGGUACCUUGGAUCCAAAGUGACUUCCAGAGGCGACGUUGAUCAAGAUGGUCGAGCACGUGUUAAUGCGGCAAUAAUGAAAUGGAAAAUGGAAAUAUGUGCACGGUGCAACAAGAAAUUCCCUGUGCUACUGAAGUCGAAGAUCUGGAAGACGGUUGUGCGUCCUGUUGCGCCUCACGGAUGCGAGUGCUGGCCGACGACCAAAGCCUUGGAAAGAGUGUUGCUCGUCAUGAGGAUGCGGAAGUUGAGGUAG